UGCUCAAGUCUGUUUGAUCAAACAUGGCCACCAUAACGAGUCUAACAAAAUCUGUGGCUGAGCAUUGCAUGAAGAAAUCCAAAACCUAUUGGUAUAAACCUUCUCAUCCAUUGCUAAACUUGUUAGUUUCAGAAGAAAAUUUGAACCAACCUCAUCAGUACCGGAGCCGUAGAACUCUCAUUCUGGAAUCCGCUUCCUCUGAAUCGGUCAAACUUCAGCGACUCUCCGACUCUGAUUCUGGAAUUAUUGAAGUUAGUUUAAACAGGCCUGGAGCUAGAAAUGCGAUUGGAACGGAACUACUGAGAGGCCUAAAGCAUACAUGUGAAACUAUUAGUGAGGAUUCUUCUGCUAAUGUUGUAAUGUUGUAA